CUAUCUAUAUAUAUAUAUAUAUGUACGUUUAUGUGUAUGCAUAUAUAUUCCUUUCUUAGGGUUUCGAAUUCAGAUCACUAGUUCGUUGCUUCUGAUCUCUUUUCAGUUUGAUUCUACAAGAAACCUUGCUAGAUCACGGGCGUAUAUGUAUAUAUAUUUACAUAUAAUCGAAUUUCAUUUGUGUUGUGAAUUUUGAUCUAUACAUAUAUACUUGUAUUUAUAUGCAAGCGUCAGAAUCGAUUCGAAACCCUAAUUUUGAGGUUUUUGUGAAAGAUUUGGGAUUGUAAUUUGGAUCUGAUCUAGAGAGAGAGAAGGAAUUCGAUGGCGGAUCAAGAGGAGGAGGAUUUGAGGAUGGCGAUGAGGAUGAGUAUGCAGCACGAGCCGCCGGAGCCGAAGAGGAGCAAGCCGAGGGAGAACGUCGUCGGAGGCGGAGGUCCGGUGGGGUCGCCGGAGGAGAGUCGGAAGAUGCAGAGGGAGCUGAUGGCGGCCGCGGCGGAGAGGCGGAUGGUGGCCGCGAGGGGCGCUGCGUCGGCGGCUCAGAUGGCGGAGAAGAGUGUUGCUGUUGCGGUGGAAGAGAAAGGGUUGGGUGAUGGAGCUGAGGGGCAGAAGUGUAUGGGUGAUUCUAAGGGGAAGAAUGUGGAAUUGGGGAAAGAACUAUCGCUGGCAGAGGCAAACCAGUUGUUCUUGAUGGUUUUUGGUAGCGCAGUCACCAGGGAUAUUCUUGCACAGUGGAGUAACCAGGGUAUUAGGUUUAGCUCUGAUCCAGAAACAUCUAUGGGCCUAGUGCAGCAUGAAGGUGGGCCUUGUGGUGUAUUAGCAGCCAUACAAGCAUUUGUCCUCAAAUACCUUCUGUUUUUUCCCGAGGAAUUGGGUAAAGCUACAACAAAUAUGCCACAAAAUUUGGGUUCAAGGAGAUCAUCUAAAAGUGAAUGUAUUGCACCGGAUGAUCUUUUUGCUUCUCUUGCUGACGAUAGAAAGUCAAGAGCCUUGGUCAAAAGCAUGGGUGAGAUUUUGUUUCUAUGUGGAAAUAAUAGAAGUGCUGUAAUUGCAACAUUGAGUAUUCUUGACCUUAACAUUGAGGGCGUGGAAGACAGUUUGAAGGAUGAGGUCAUUGUGAAAGCACUUGAAGGCCUUUCAAUUGAAUCAGGUUCUGACUUGCAGAAAUUUUUGAGAGUUAAUACAUACACCUCACAGGCUAGUGCAUUUCAGACACUUGAAGCAAUGAUUCCAGUUUUCCGAAGUCGUAUGGGGGCAAUGCUAUUCCUUAUUUCUGCUUUACUUUCUCGAGGACUGGACUCCGUUCAAGCAGACAGGGAUGACCCAAGUCAAUCUUUAGUCACUGCUCCAUUUGGGCAUGCGUCACAGGAAAUAGUAAACCUACUACUUUGCGGGCAGGCUGUGGCCCACGUGUUUGAUGGAAGAAUGGAUUUAGGUGGUGACAUGUUUUUGAAGGGCAUAUCCACUAAUGUGGAAGUUGGAUUCCUUACCCUUCUAGAAUACCUAAAUUUCUGUAAGGUAGGCCUGUAUCUGAAAUGCCCAAAAUGGCCAAUAUGGGUUAUCGGGAGUGAAUCUCACUAUACAGUUUUAUUUGCUCUCGACACCUCCGUUCAAGAUGAAAAUGAAUUUGAAGGGAGAGAAACACAGAUCCGGAGGGCUUUCGAUGCACAAGAUCAGAGUGGGGGUGGUGGCUUCAUUAGCGUAGAAGGGUUUCAUCACGUUCUCAAGGAAACAAGUAUUAACCUUCCACCUGAGAAGCUAGAUCACCUUUGCAGCUCAGGCUUUAUUGUAUGGAGCGAGUUCUGGCAGGUGCUAUUGGAUUUAGACAAGAGUUUGGGAGGCUUAAAAGAUUCAACAGGAAUGAUGGGUAAGAAGGUUUUUGAUCUUUACCAUUUUAAUGGGAUUGCAAAAUCAGAUUUAAAUGGCGGCCAAGCAACCUCUGGAGGUGAGACUCCCAUACAAAGACCUAGGCUUACAAAAUUGAGGGUCUCGGUUCCCCCAAAGUGGACGCCUGAAGAAUUUAUGGCAGAUGUGAAAUUGCCCUCCGAUUCAAGCUCUAAAGACACUGUUGUUGAAGUGUCUAAACCCGAACCUGCCCAGCAUGCACCUUUGGUAGACUGCAUUAGAACACGCUGGGCUCGCGCCACUUGCAAUUGGAUUGGAGAUCCUCCAAGUAUAGUCUAAAAGGUUUGUAUUUGGUGAUCCUUUCUAGGUUUUCUCAAUAUGCUCUCAUUUGUUUGAGUCAUGGAGAGCAGUGCAAAAGCCAAAGUUCAGAUGAAGCUAGAAGGAGAUGGGCUGGUCUGAAUUUGAGUCAGAGCUUUGGGCAAGAGGAGAUAAUAUUUUGCUUCAUCUAUUGGUUUGACCAUUUUCUAUUGCGUCUUGUUGUAAUUGUCGCAUUCUAAUUCGAUUUUGAUAUUUGUCCAUUGCAGAGCGGAGAAGAAAGGAUUAUGUAGUUUUUAUUGCCGAUCAUCAUGUAGAAUUUAUUUAAGUUGUUGGUGUUUGGUUUGCUAUUGAAUAGGAAUUUUCUAAUAAACUAUGAAGUCCAGUUUUCAGUUCUAUCCUUGGGUCUGUAAAGCUUUGCCUUCUCCCUCCUUUCUUUGGUUUCCCUGUUUAUUAGAUAAGUUCUCUUAUUUUAAUGGUGCCCUCAACACACCUUCAACUGGUUCAUCCAGUUAAAAUUGUUGUAACAGUAAAGGUUAUCUUUUUCUUUUAUACAUUAGUUAUAUUUUGUUUCUUGCAA